ACUGGCGGCAUGGUGGCCAACGGGGAGCUCCAAAAACAGGAUUUAAAUGUGGAAGAGGAGCUGCUGCAGGACUCCGACUGUUGUGGCAAUGGCUGCACCAAUUGCAUCCUGGACAACAAGCCCCGGCCGAGUAAGCGCGUUCUGCUGGCCGGCAAACGCAACGUGAUCCUGAGCUACACCAAAUUCCGUUUGUUGCGGCGGGAAACCCUUGAAUCUGAAGCAGAAUCGAAAACCGGUGGUCAGGUGCUGCUCCUGCACUUUGGCCACGCCCCCGAGGAGCCAGGGGCGGAGGCGGAGGACGACACGGUGCUGGACAUUCCACCCGGACACCAUGUGAUGCUGCGCAUCGGUUCCCUGCUGCGUCCCUAUUCGCCCUACUGGAGCGACUUCCAGGCCAAAGAGUUCCGGAUUCUGGUGAAGCUGCAGGCGGACGGGCCCAUGUCCCGGCUCCUGGCCGCAGUCCAGCCCAACGAUCUGCUGGAGUUCCGCGGACCCAUUGGGCAGUACGCACACGAUGCCAGCACCGCCAAGUGCAUCUACAUCGUGGCCCAGGGCGUGGCCAUUGCACCCACUCUGCCGCUGGUGCGCCAGGUGCUCGAGAACGAGGAGGACAUGAGUCGUGUGUGGCACCUGGUGUGCGCCCGCGACCUGCAGCACGUCUACUUCCGCGAGGAGCUGCUGGAGUUCGCCCAGUACUGGAACUACCGGAGCUGUCUCUACCUGCCGCAUCAGCAGUGCGCCUCCGCCGCUUGCCAGGAGGCGGGGCACUGCGUCCCCGAGUGCCUCCACCUUCGCCGGAGUCUCCGCUACAAGGAGACCGCGAAGGUGGCCCGCUUGGAUGCCUCCGGGCUGGCCACUUACCUCAAUCCCUCCAUUCCCGGACAGCGCCUGCUCAUCGUCGCAGGCGAUUCAACCUUCCAGAAGACCAUGGCCCAAAUGGCCACUCAAUCUUUGGCCCUAGAUCCCGUCAACGUUUAUUUGUUGUAAACACCAAAGGAAAUUGUUUUGAGUCCCUGAUACGGCAGGGAUGUGGAGGGCGGUAUAUGGACCGUAUGCUGGGAGGAGUGGUGCUGCGGCGUUAGCGGAAAGGUCUCCGUGGAGGAUGAGGCUUGGACACCAGCCGAUCCCGGCGAACCGAUGUUCAGGCGCGCGCGGUGCUGAUGUGGCGAGGCAGGAUGCAUUUUAAGUGAGAAGGUAGGGUUACGCGGCGAGACGUGGCUCCGAUUGGAUCGGGAUCGGGUCGGAUCGAGUUCAAAUCCACGGCUGGUCCAACGGAAACUGAUCGAUCGAGAACUGCACGCGUCCAGCGCACGUUUUCAAAUGAGCACGCCAAGAAUCAAGCACGCCAAACGCAGAGGCAAAGACAGGAAAAGUCAAGCUGUUCUAUUACUUGUUGUUUCGACUUCUAAAUACUAUUUAAUUAUACAUAAUAAUAGUAAUAAUUAUAUAUAUUUUUAUUAAUUAUAUAUAAUAAUACAAGCAGAUUCAUAAAUUAAGGAUACUUUUAUUCUCAAGUAACAACAUAACCAAAAGAUUUUUGAAUAA